AUGACAGAUAUUAGCUGGAGACCAAUUGCAAGACCUGUUCAAAAUGAUUCUGAUACAUUACCUGUCACUAUAAAUUUGGCUUUACAACAAAUCAUUAAUUUUGAUGGAAAGAACGAAGCCAUUGUUAUUAGUGGUUGGAUGACUAUCAAAUGGAAUGAUUAUAGUUUAAGAUGGAAACCAGAACAGUUUGGUAAUAUUCAAACAUUAAGAAUACCAAGUACACAAAUUUGGACACCAGACAUUUUUCUAUACACCACUGUCGAUGACAAGUUCGAUACUACAACGAAAGUCAAUGCCGUUGUGCAAUAUGAUGGUGAAAUAUUAUAUGUUCCACCAGUAUUAUUCAAAUCAAUUUGUCCAUUUAAUAUUGCCUCGUUUCCAUUUGUAAGAGUCAAUCUGACGGCAGAAAGUAGUCAAGGUCAAGUAGAUGCAUAUGUCGAAAAUGCCGAAUGGUAUUUAGAAGUACCUUGUUUUCUUAUCAGUUGUAUGACAAUACUUGGAUUUUUAUUAUCACCGGAUAGUGGUGAAAAAUUAACCUUGCGUGAGUUAGAAUUUGAUGAUAAAAAAUGUGUUCUUAUACAUUUUAAAUCUUCAGAAAUUACAACUCUGCUAAGUGUUAUUAUGUUCAGUUUACUUCUAUCAGAAAUUCUGCCAUCAAGUUCAACUGCUAUACCGAUUAUUACUGUUUAUUUCAUGUGUGUUAUGAUCAUGACAGCAGUUUCAGUUGUUGCAUCAGUAUUAAUACUAUCUCUUCAUCAUCGAAGCCCUAGUAAUUAUGCAAUGCCAUCAUGGGUUCGUAAGUAUAUUUGUAACUAUUUGGCGUGGCUAUUACAUAUGAAGCGUCCUAAUCAUGAUUUGACUUGGCGUGCGAUUCGUCGUCGAUGGGCUUCUCCAAAACAAGAAUCGGAUAAUUUACUUGAAACGAUUGAUAAUCAUCAAACUAAGAUUCCUUCUGAACCAUUAUUCGAUAAUACAUUCGAGUUGUUAUCAACCAAUGUUAUAAAUAUCGACAAGGAACCUUUAGAAAAUCAAGAAAAACAACACUUAGAUUCGAUAUUAGAAUCUGCUGUACCUCGAGCAGCGGAAAUUCAUGGUCCUGAUUAUCAUCAGAAAACAUCUAAUGAAUUAUACACAUGUGAUAUGGAUACAGCUCAUUCUGAGCUACGUGUUAUUAUUUCUCAACUUGCUAUUCUUAUUAAUUAUUCUCGACAAAAAGAGAAAGAUGAUAAUGAAUCUCAAGAUUGGCAAUUCGUGGCAAUGGUUAUCGAUCGUCUUUGUCUAGUGUUUUUUUCUAUAAUCAUGUUUCUUUUUACUGCACUUACUUUUCUCCACGUUUAA